AUGUCGCUGGUCGAGUCUGAAGCUGCCUUUUUCCAGCGGUGCGAUGAAAUCGCGCCUGGUCUCCGGACCCUUCUUGAGGCAAAGAACAUCAAAUCUUUCCGCAAACUCGCCUUCGCCAUCGGCACUCCGCAGACUGCACCGAGUGAAGCUGAUUUUCAGGGUUUUGCUUCAGAAGUGUUUGUUGGUGCGCCGUCGCUGUCUCAGGUCGCGGAUCUUCGUACUUUGCACUUCGAAGCCACUGCUUUUGUUGUUGCGGUACUUAAGGAGCAUGUCACAGGGACCGAGGGCCCUGAGGGUGCACAGAGCAUCAAGCGAAUUCCUCCGGCUGAGCGCCGGGCCCGGUUGUCAGCUCAACAAAGGCGUCUGAGGGGUUUAGAUCUGACUGGUGAGUUGUGCCCCAGCCAUGCACUGUGCGACAUGGCGAACACAAUCUAUGAAACUUCGGUCAUGACUUGGAUAUCACCCAGCAAGUGCUCUAAGCGUGAUGCUGAGAUUCAGUCUGUCUCGAAGGUCGAGGCCAAAUCGGCUAUAUCGCUUGAGAAACAGUCUCUUGUUGUUGUGCCGCAUGAGCCUGCCAAAGCUGAUACUAGCACUGAACUUCGCUUGCAGUGGGCGCUCAUGAGGCGCGGGGUCGCCUUUGAUCAAUGUCGGUUGUUGUCAUGGGACAUUCACCAGAAAUGGGUCACAACACUCAUGGAGGCCAUGUGCGAAGCGCCUCCCCCGGGCUAUUCAGCCAUUGGCGCUGCUCAGGUUGUUAGAGCCGAUCGGGAGCUGUGGACCUUAUUGGCCCGGGACUUCCCUGGGCCUUAUAAGGUCAGUACCUUGGGUGUCUCACCAUGUGAUGCGGUGUUCGAACGCCUCACUACACAUCCUCGGAUCGCUCAGUUUUUGCUGCCGCUGCGAGGUUCUGGAUCCAGUUCGAAAGCUGACAUGUCUCGUCCUUCGACAGGUGCAUUGCAGGUUGAGCUGGGUGGUGCAGCCCCUUCGAAGCCGGUUGUUCGCCCCAAGAAGAAGGCCAAACCGCAGCCUAAGAAAGCUAGCAAGCCCGCUUCGCUUAAGAACUUUUCUUGCAAGCAUUCGUCUGGCAAGCCGAUUUGCUGGGCUUUCAACUGUUCCGAGGGCUGCAAUCGAGAUGUCAACAACAACGCUGUUCCAGGAGCUCGGUUACAUGUUAGCUUACGCUCUCAGCUGCAGGAUCCGUGUACCCAGGCAUCUCGCCUUGUGCUCGGCGCUCUUCCUCGCGGGAAGGUUCUUAAGCCGCUUGUGCCCGAGUUCGGUCGCUACCUCAAAGUGCUGACGUAUCCUGAGACAGGUGCCUUGCUGCGCUUCAUGCGACGCCUUCCCAAGGGUUCCAAGGUCACUUCGCGUUUUCUGAGUGGGGGAACAAAUGCCUGCGAAGUCUCCCAUGUUGGCGGCUAUCUCGAUACAGUGGAUCUCACAUCCCAGCUUAGGCAGGGCUCUUUUGACAUUCAGGAUGUCUCGCUUGCCUGUUUCGGCCGUAGCCCAUUUGCUGACAAUGCACCUCUUCACAAAGGUUGUAAAGCUGAGUGCCUGAGCGAGCGGUGUUUCCAGAAAGGCUUCAUCACGAAGUCUGAGCUGAGCAUGCUGCUUGACGUAUUGCCCACUGAUCGAAAAUUUGCAAAGAGCAGAGGCGAUUGCCUCGAUUCCACUAAGACAUGGACCUCAGGGGCCUUUCACUUCUCCGGCAAAGCCGGGGCCGUCAGAGUUCGCCCGGCGCAUCCACAGGAGCAGGAGCUUGUGCUUGAAGUGUCGCAGCGCCCGGCCAAGCUUGAUGCGUCGCUGGUGCACUCUACUGACGACUGGUCGGGCGAUCGGAUUCUUCUUGUUGCUUUUCAUGUUCAGGGCGCGACAUCUAUGAGUUGCGCAGAUCAGAGGAGAUGCACCGAGCUUGGAUUUGUGCUUGACGUCGGCGCUGCUGGGGAUCAUGUACACGAUGCUGCUGGAGUGAACCUUUCCUCUGCCGAAACUGUCUUUGUUGGAGUUCCGAGUGAUCCCGAGGAGUUCAUACGAAAAGCGGUGGAAGCAGGGCACCCAAUGGACAUGGGCAUGCACGUGUGCCCAGCUGUGGACCGGGCGAUCAGGGCCAACUUCUGCGACCCUCCUGAAUUAGUCAUCCAGCGGCGGCUAAGCACUCUCGAACGCUGGGAGAAACGGGCUAGUGUACUGGAUCCUCUCGAAGCGGAGGCGAACAACCGAAGGCCACAACACAUACAGACGCUGCUCAAGGGCAAGCGCAUCCUCUUGUGGAAAGAGCUCCUGAGUGAGAUAGGCUACCCCGAUGUCAAGAUUCUCGACGAGGUUGAGCAGGGCCUGCCUCUCACUGGGUGGAUGGCUGAGUCACAGGUCUUCGCAAGCAACCCGAGGGCGCCCACAAUGUCUGUUGAUACUGUCGUCGCUAUGAACAGGGGCUUUCACGCUCUGGUCAAAAGGCGCCUCCCGAAGAGGCAGGAUCAGGACGUCGAGCAAAAGACUUGGCUUGAGACAGAGGAGGAGAUUGCUAAGGGGUGGUUCUGGAUUGAUGAGUCUGGCUGCUGGGAAGGGAAGAUCAUUGCGCACCGGUUCGGCCUUCUUCAGAAACUCAAACUCCGCACGAUCGACGACUGCAGUGUUGGGGGUCUUAACUGCACUGUUGGUCUUCCGGAGAAGAUGCGAGUCCAUUCUAUAGAUAUUCUUGCAUCUAUGUUGCGGCGCGCUCUGGAGCUUUGCGGCGGCAAGGCCACUUGUGGCUGGCUAGGCCGCACAUACGAUCUUCAGGCGGCCUAUCGCCAGUUCGGCAUAAGCUCUGUUGCUCGGGAACUCUUGAGGAUUGUCGUCAACAAGCCUGGGGCGGAACAGCCCAUCCUCCUUGGUGCCAACAGUCUUCCGUUCGGUGCAGUGGGUUCAGUUGCUGGCUUCCUCAGGCUGUCUAUGGCUAUCUGGACUCUCGGCCUGGUGGGACUGGAGCUGUGCUGGUCUGCUUACUACGAUGACUUUCCGACUGUCACCAGUGAGCCGCUUCUUGAGAAUAGGAGCUCGUGCGUAGAUCGCAUGUUCAGGCUCAUCGGGCUUGACUAUGCUACCGAGGGCAAGAAAGCUCCACAGUUUGCGAGCUGUUUCGCGGCACUUGGAGUUCAGGUGGAUCUGCAGCAAGCUCAGUCUGGCUCGAUUGUUAUCGGACACACCGACGCUCGGAAAGAGGAGCUGACCGCUUGCAUCGAUUCCAUUCUCGCUGAUUGCAGCAUGACUUCGAAGGAAGCAGAGAAGCUGAGGGGACGACUCGUCUUCUUUGAAGGAUUCACUUUCGGUAGAGUCGCUCAAGUGGCUGUCAAGCAUGUGGGCCGCCACGCUCAAGGCUCGAGUGGCUCUGUGAAGUUAUCUGCUGAUGUCAAGUGGGCUUUGGGUAUGAUUAAAACUCGAAUCUGUCAUGCCCUGCCAGUGACUAUAUCGGCGAAGGCACUGCAGACCACUUAUGUCUUCACUGACGGCGCUUUCGAGCAAGGUCGAGGCUCUUUUGGAGGGGUUCUAAUCUCUCCUCACGGCAGGUGCGUUUCUUAUUUCGCGGGAGAAGUGAGUCGUGAGGCGAUGCAUCAUUUGCUCGCGUCGUCCACUCAUCCCAUCUAUGAGCUUGAGCUGCUGCCAGUGCUUAUCGCCAUGCAGGUUUGGGGGAGACUCUCCUCUCACCAGCAAACAGUUUACUAUCUUGACAACGAGCCUGCACGAAUCGGGAUGAUUAAGGGGGCGGGUGGCACUGCCAUCGCGGACCUUAUCAUUUCCAAAGCUAGUGCACUUGAAUGUGAGCUAGGCCAACACGCUUGGUACGCUCGUGUUCCUUCGCAUUCCAACAUCGCUGAUGAUCCAAGUCGCUUUUACUUUGAACGACUUCACAAGCUCGGUGCUGCGAGAGUUCUGCUUGACGAAAGCUGGGUCGCGAGCCUCGUUUUGGAAGCGGGGUGA